GGCUCCGCUAUGGAGGCGCUGCGUGCGGCGGGGCGUGCCGUGCUGCGGAGCCCGCGCCUCGCCCGGCACGGCCUGGGUCUCCGCCGGCGGCGCAAGCUUCCUGAGAGCUGGGCUGAUAUGCAGGAGCCACUGCUUGAGGGGAUGUGCUUCACCCUCAAGUAUCUGGGCAUGACACUGGUAGAAAAACCAAAAGGAGAAGACAUGGCUGCUGCUGCCAUCCGCAGGAUCGUGGCCACGGCACGGGUUGGAGCUCGCAAGUUUCAGAAGGUGAUUCUGACAGUGUCUCCAAGGGGCAUCUCACUGCAGGAUGCAGACACUAAGGAGAUGGUGGAGAACAUCUCCAUCUACAGGAUCUCCUACUGCACAACAGACAAGCUGCAGAACAAAGUCUUUGCUUACGUUGCCCAGAGCCAGGAGAGUGGGGCAUUGGAGUGCCAUGCGUUCCUCUCACCCAAGAAGAAGAUUGCCCAGGCUGUUACUCUGACUGUGGCCCAGGCCUUUCAGAUGGCACUGGAUCUCUGGGAAGCAGCACAUGCAGGAGGAGGAGGAGGAGGAGGAAGAUGAUAAUGCCAGUGAAACCUUAUCUGGGUAGGUGGUGAGCUGCUGCAUGUAUUCAGAGAUCUCUCUGAUGAACCCUGUCUUGUUUCCUUCUCUGUGCCUCAUGCAAGGGGAGCUGCUUGGGUCAUGGGCAUGGUGAGAUCAUGGAGGAGAGCUGUAUGGAACCAAGGGGGAAGCUUCCUGGUCUUUGUCUGCUUCUAUCAGCUGAGAGCUCAAGUGAACAGAGGGUUGAGUGGUGGAGGAGCAGAGCAUGCAGUCCGGCUUUUGCAGCAGAGAUACGGGGGACAGAUGCCCAGGAUGCACCUAGAGAUGUUUCUUUGUUUCUGCCAGUCUUUGCUGAGGCCACCCUGUCCAGACAUGCCUCUCACAUGGGACUCAGUUGUCCCUCUUCUCCCACUGAUUUCUCUGGCAGCUGGGCCAGGAUGGAAGCCUGAUCAUGCUGACUUCUGCGUGGACUGGGGCUGUGGGCUGAGCUUGAUGGUGUAUGUCCUGUGCUGGGGAGGAGCUGAUGGAACGGUCCAGCAGCAGAGGAUCAACCUGCGGAUCUGCAGAAGCGCAGGUGGUGGGCCUUUGAGGCCCAUUCCAUCAUGGCUGUUCUCCAUGUACAUGGCAGCGAGCACCCAGCUGGGUUCUGAGCUUGGGUUGAGCCAGUGUCACCUGGGAACAAGUGUGUGCACAGGCUGGAGCUGUACCUGUAGCCCAAUGAACACCACCCCUUUGGAUAUAGGGCUCCUGACGGGAAGGAGAUACAGCUUUGCAAUCUGGGGACAGGCUGGCCUGGGAAGAGAGUUUGGUAGCAAGGGGGCUUAGGGCCUUCUGCACUCCCAGCGCCUGCUGCUGCUGUGCCAUUCCUGCCAUGUCAGGGUCAUGAGCAUGCUGUGUCUCUCAGGAGGCCAUGC